AUGACCGACUCCCAGCUCAACCGUCAGCUGCACCUAACGGCCUUCAUGCGGCCGGUCUCGCUGCACACAGGUGCAUGGCGCUAUCCGGGCUCAUACCCGGAUGCAAACUUCAAUUUCAAACACAUUGUCCAGUUUGCCCAAAAGCUAGAGGCCGCCAAAUUCGAUGCCUUCUUCAUGGCUGAUCACCUAGCCGUGCUUAAUAUGCCCGUCGAAGCUCUCAAGCGCAGUCAUACUGUGACUUCAUUUGAACCUUUCACUCUACUCUCCGCUCUCUCUUCUGUAACGGAAAAGAUCGGUCUUGCUGCCACAGCUAGUACGACGUACGACGCACCGUAUCACGUUGCCCGGCGAUUUGCCAGUCUAGAUCACCUGAGCGGCGGGCGAGCAGCGUGGAAUAUUGUUACCACCGGAAACCCAGAGUCCAGCCAUAAUUUUGGCUUCGAUGAGCAUCUGGCCCAUAGUGAUCGAUAUAAGCGUGCCCGUGAAUUCUAUGAUGUCGUCACAGGGCUUUGGGAUAGUUUUGCCGACGAUGCAUUCACCCGCAAUGUGGAGACGGGGGAAUAUUUUGAUCCUGCGAGAAUGCACGUAUUGAACCAUUCCGGCGACGAGUUGAAGGUUCGAGGGCCGUUGAAUAUUGCCAGACCACCACAGGGAUGGCCGGUCAUUGUGCAAGCAGGGCAAAGCGAGCCAGGACGACAACUUGCGGCUGAGACUGCCGAGGUUGUGUUUUGCAGCCCAAAGGAUAUCCAUGCUGCGAAAGCGCUCUAUGCAGAUAUCAAGGGGCGAGUGGAGAAGGCGGGACGGAAGAGAGAUCAGUUGAAGAUCCUACCCGCAGCAAUGAUUAUCGUUGGGGAUAGUAAGCAAGAUGCGCAGGAAAAGAGACUCAGGUUGGAUAGUCUAGUACAUUAUGACAGUGCUAUUGCUUCUUUGUCAAUCUCACUUGGGGUGGAUGUCAGUGAUCUUGAUCCGGAUAGUUUGUUGCCAGACGACCUACCCGAGACGAAUGCCAGCAAGACGAGCAGGGAGUCUGUUGAGAAGCUGGCUAAGGAAGAGGGACUGACGAUCCGCCAGCUUGCGCAGAGAUAUGGUGGAUACUCGGGGCUGACAUUCCUCGGUUCGCCGAGUGGUAUUGCUGAGGAGAUGGAGACGUGGUUGCGUGAAGAGGCUUCUGAUGGCUUUACGUGCACGUUUCCGUUCUUGCCACAGGGGUUAGAAGACGUGACUGAUAGAUUGGUUCCUGAACUCCAGCGAAGAGGGCUUUUCCGCAAUGAGUAUACGGGCUCGACCCUGCGUGAACACUUUGGCCUGCCGAGACCUGAGAAUCGGUUUUUUAGUGAGGAAUCGUAA